AUGUUGUAAAAGUAUGUAAAAGAAUAAUACUUUGAAAAUUUGAGAAAGUUCAAAUAUAACGGAUAAAAUUUCUCUAUUUUAUACAAUUGGAUUCUUGGAGAUAUUGCCUAAUUUGUUGUAAGAUAUUAAGAUAUAUUAAUAGGUUGAUCAUUUACCUAAGACAGUUGCUCCAAAUUUAAUUACUAUUACUGGAUUUUGUACAUUAUUAUCUAGUUUUCUAUUGAGUUUAUACCUUAAUCCAAUGUUCGAUUAAGGUCUACCUUAAUGGGCUAGUUUUUACAUAGCUUUAACUAUUUUUAUAUACUAAACUUUAGAUAACGCAGAUGGUAAAUAAGCUAGAAGAAUUUAAUAAUCAACUGCCUUGGGAAUGCUAAUGGAUCAUGGAAGUGAUUGUACUGCAGCUUGGAUAACUGGAUAAUUGUAUCUAAGUGCAUUUAAGAUUGCUUUUACACCAUUUUCAAUGUUGGCUGCAAUAGGAGUUGGAUUUGGAGGUUUCUUUUUUGGAGUGUAUUGUUAAUAACAUACUGGAGUAUUUUAAUUAGGAGUAAUUAAUGGAGUAGAUGAAGGUCUUCCUGUUAUUCAAUUAUUCUUUUUGAUAACAGCUAUUAAAUCUUCAGAAUUUUGGUUAAAUGAAAUUGAAAUACUCAAUGGAAUCAAUUUAUAAUAUAAUACAAUAUUAUUAUUGAUAACUAUCAUUGCAUGCGUAAUAACUAUAGCAUAAUUUUGUUAUCCAGUGUUUAAGAAAAUGAAUUGGAAUAUCAUUACAAUCUUAAAUAGUUUACAUUUACCUAUUGCAGUUGUAUUCACAUUUAUUAAUUUAAUCUAUUUGUCACCAACAAAUGUUUUAUCUAAAUGGUUUCAUAUAUAUAUGCUCACUAUUGGAUUAUAAUGGUCUAAAAUUAUCAAUAUAUGGUAAUUAGCUAUCAUAACCAAAGAAGUAAUUUAAUAAAAUAUUAUUAUUAUAGAAUUUCAAUCAAUUUUCAUUCACUUGGUUAAUUACUCUAGGGGCUAUCAUAUUAAAUUUGUAUUCUCAUUAUUUUACAUCUGAUGGGUUUUGUUAUUUUGAUGAAGUAGAAUUGAUUUUCUGCUUAUUAGUCUUUUCACUUCUAUCUUAUUUACAUUGUAUCUUGAGUAUAGUAACACAAUUAUGUGAGAUUUUGGACAUACAUGCUUUUAGUAUCAAACAUAAAUUAUGA